AUGCCCAAGUAUACAAAGUUCUUAAAGGAGAUCUUUAGCAACAAGAGAAAGUUAGAGGACUUGGAGAUCGUGACCCUAAAUGAGAAGUGCUCGGGCAAUUUUACUGUCCCUUGUGUGAUUGGUGAUUUGAUAAUUAGCAAUGCUUUAGCUGACUUAAAAGCUAGUAUUAAUUUAAUGUCGGGCAGUUUGUUUACCAAAUUGAGGCUGGGGGAGACUAAACCCACUAGGAUGAGCAUACAGUUAGCUGAUAGAAUUGUUAAGUAUCCUAGGGGUAUUGUAGAGAAUGUACUUGUUAAGAUUGAAAAAUUUAUAUUUUCCAUUGACUUUGUGAUUAUGGACAUGGAUGGUGAAAGUAAUGUACCUUUAAUUCUAGGUCGACCUUUCCUUGCAACAUUUAGGGCUAUUAUAUAUAUUUAUGAUGGAAAGCUUGAAGUUAGGGUAGGGGAUGAAACUAUUACUUUUGAUUUGAAUAGUUCUAUGAGACAGUCCUUAGAUCAUGAUGAUACUAUGUUUUUUGUUGAUUUACUUGAUGAUGUUAUUGAUACACAAUUGCAUGAGAUAUUGCUUGAUGAUCCUUUACAAGUUGCAUUACAAGCAGAGGAUGAGCAUGAGCUAUCCAAUGAAUGUGUGUUGGAGCAGCUUGCAAUUUUGUUAGCUAAUGAAUCAAGCAAGAAUAUUGACAAGUUUGUUGAGAUUAACAGGGUAGAUGAGGAUAACAAGUUGCCUGUCAUUCUAGCAGCGAACUUGACACCUGCGGAGAGGGAGAUGACUUUGGCCUUUCUUAGAAAGUGGUUCCUAAGAGGGGAGGCAUGGCUGUGGUUAAAAAUGAGAGGACGAGCUUAUACCGACAAUAAUGGUAACGAGCUUUUGAGUGUGUAUAGAUUACAGCAGGCUAAAUGA